GUAGUAUAUUCGAAUACAUGGAAAGACCCAGCGGGGCCUGAGCCGUUUCUGCAUACAUGCCUGAGGCCCAACACACCCUAUUUCAUAGACUGCGGUCAGAUAAUCGUGAUGUCACUGCUUCUGGAUUUGGCUGAAGAAGAUGGCGGCCUCAGGAGUUAAAGUUCCACGUAAUUUUCGCUUGUUGGAAGAGCUUGAAGAGGGUCAGAAAGGUGUUGGAGAUGGGACAGUCAGCUGGGGCCUUGAAGACGAUGAAGAUAUAAUGCUAACACGGUGGACGGGCAUGAUCAUCGGACCGGCACGAGUAAGUGUGACUGCAGCAGGAACUAAUUAUGAGAACAGGAUAUACAGUCUGAAAGUGGAAUGUGGUCCAAAAUAUCCUGAAUCACCACCGGUCGUUAGAUUUGUAACAAAAAUUUGCAUGAAUGGGAUAAAUAAUUCCAAUGGGAUGGUGGAUACACGAAGCAUACCAAUUCUAUCUAAAUGGCAAAAUUCUUAUAGCAUUAAAGUUGUUCUUCAAGAGUUAAGGCGUCUAAUGAUGUCCAAGGAGAAUAUGAAGCUCCCACAACCACCAGAAGGACAAACUUACAGCAAUUAAUUGUUCACGGAUUGUUUACUUUUGACCCCUAUUGUCUUAAACCUUAUUCUCUUAUAAAAAAUAUUCCCUCCACCAUUCUAAGAAUUUAGACAGAGCCAGGUUGGAUAUUCCUUCUAGUUUGCUCAUUCUAGAAUAUCCCCACUGAGAGUGAAAUUAUGUUUUUAAGAACACUGUUAUUCCUCUUCUA